AUGUCAGCUGUGGUGCCCCCAGCCAGCAAUGAGCUGCAGGCAGAGGCCUUCAAGCGCCUGUAUCCCAAUGAGUAUUACGCAAAAUUCAUUAGCAAAUCCCUGCGGCCAGAUGGCAGGCCUUUGGGUGGCGCAAGAGCGACCACAAUUGGAAUUCAUCCCCUGGAGAGCACCAGCAGCUCAGCCCUGGUCAAAAUUGGGAACACAACUGCCAUGGCCGGCAUAAAACUGCAGCACUUUGCGAUCAGCAGCGAUCAGCCUGUAGAGGGUACCCUGGCAGUGAAUAUGGAGAUGGCGGCCUUUGCAUCAUCUGAGACGCGGCCAGGUCGGCCGUCUGACGCGGCACAGUGUGUGCAAGAGCAGAUCAGAACAGCACUCAGGACGGCAGGAGCGGUGAAGUUGGAGGAGCUGGCAAUUGAUAAGAGCCAUGCGUGGGCUGUGUUUCUGGACAUCUAUGUGCUGGAUGCUGAUGGGUGUCUGCUGGAUGUCUGCUUGCUGGCGGCUGUGGCUGCCCUGUUGGGCCUUCAGCUGCCCCGUGUGGAGGUCAAUGACCAAGGCCAGGUGGUGACAAAGCCAAUCUCAGGGUCGGCAUCUGACAGCAGAAGGUUUGGAUUGAAGGCAGUCCCGAUGGCGCUCACAUGUGGCCUGUACAGCGGCAGCCUUAUAGCAGACCCCACAUCAGAGGAAGAAGCGCUGGUAGCCAGCUUGGUAUCGACCAUUGUUGAUGCGUCCGGCAGCCUCGUUGGUCUCUACAAGGCAGGAGGCCAUGCAACAGCAGAUGAAGGGCUGCUGCUGCAAUGCAUGGAGGCCACCAAGCUACGCUACAAGGAGCUGAUGAUCCUUCUAAAGCAGGCCCUGGCAGAGAAAGGCAUAGAGUACAGCUGA